UGCGUCAAACUCGGCGAGUACUCGUGUUUAUUCUUCGUAUACAAUUCGGGAAAAAUAUACGCGCAAUUAAAACUCAACGGGAGGGCAUUGCGGGUGGAAAUAGUGAUAAAAAAUAGUGAGAAAAAAAUCGCAACGUAAAUAAGAGACUUGGCUUGCAAUGAGCACCAGCGACUUGUGGAUUCGAGACAUCGUUUCGUACUACGGUUACAUAUUGUUGGGAUUUUUAAUCAUCAGCUGGUUGGUCGCUCGUCGAUGGCGCAAGUUUGCGGAAAACGUGUAUCGAUCUCAUCUCCUCGGGUUCGAGACCGAAUGCGCUGAUCUCGUAGCGCCAUACAAAAAGAAAUUGUUCGAGCAGUUGAAAUAUUUGGAAUCGAACGAUGAGAUUUUGCGAUCUCUUGGCCGGAUCAGAAUCCUCGAAGUUGGAGUGAAAACAGGUGAAAACAUUCCGUUUUAUCCCGACGGUGCUUGCUUUAUCGGAAUCGAUUGGAACACAAAACUCGCCGAUUACUUGAUCAACAGCGAACGUGCGUGGCAAUUUUCUCACGUUUACUUCGAACGCCUGAUCGUGGGCGAUGGAAAUUCAUUGCGGUUGAUACCAAGCGAUUGCGUGGACGCUGUCGUCAGCACAAGAUCUUUGUGCUCGGAAGACUCGGUCGAGAAAACUCUUCGUGAAAUCAGACGCGUUCUUGCUCCUGGCGGCAAAUAUCUCUUCCUCGAGCACGUGCCUGACCCAACUGGAGGAUUUGUUCACAAAAUGCAAAAGUUCUUGACGAAAAGCAAAAUUUGGCCCUCGCUCUUCGGGAAUUGUCAUCUGGACAUGAAUCCUAUCGAACACAUAAACAGAGCCGGAUUCAAGGAUCUCGUGUGGAAGUCUCUAACUCUGGAGGGUUACGUUUCUCAGCCAAACCAUUUAUUUCUGAAUCGUCACCACGUUAUAGGCACAGCCACGAGGUGAAGUCAUUUCUUUUCUUCGUGCAAAAUUUUUUUACAAUCGUCAUACGCAAAGUCGUGUCAACUGCUGAGCAAUUAAACAAGACAUCUAUAAAUCACACUUUCUCCCGAUAAACUCGAAAUUUUUUAAAAAAUAUUUGUGCUGUUUUAUUAUUUACAUAAACCAUGGCUUUUGCUGUUGAUUUUUGACAUGACUGAUGAUACAAUUUAAUAAUGUUUAUAUACUUUUCAUAUAUACAAUUGUAAUCAAACUUACAGAUAAAUAUUUGGAAGAACCGAGUUAUAAUAUUCGUAAAAAAAUCGUUUUUUUUUCUCGUAUUUUCGUAGAGGCUCGUCACCUUCUUCGUAUAUAUUUCUUCUUCACUUUUCAUUCCUUUUUUCCUACAUAGAUUUUCAUUCGUAAUCUAUGCAUAUGUAUGACCCCGGAUGCCUCAGUUUUUCGGUGUUUUUACUUUUGAUUAUUAAACUAUUCGCAUUCGAAAAACCGAAGGCUCAUCCACGAAAGUGAGCAAGAGUGUCAAUUCAGAAACCCCUUCAACUAGUGUUUCUUAACGAGUUAUUUGACAACUAGGAAUUAUUGUAUAAAAUUGGUACCGAAGUUUCAGCAGCGUUCAAACGCAGCCAGAUUUGUUUUUCUCUCCAACAUCCAUCUUCAGUUUCGAGGUAUAGAAAAUUCUCGAUCUUUCAAGCCCACGAAUGAGUCCAGUGAAAAAAUUCAGUAAAGUAGAAAUUUAUGUUUGGCUGCUCUCAAACGCUGCUAGCUUCAAAGUUAUGAAUACGAUAGAUUCUGGAAAAAAAAAACAUCAUGUGCAAAAAAUAAAAAUCCUUGAUUACAAC